CCGGGAAUCAAACAGAAAUAUUCUCUAGCAUCUCUAACCCUUUUUUAUCACCUUUUCCUUCUUAUAGUUAUAGAAGAAAACGUUUCUGUUCUUAGGGGUUGUAAAUUUGAAACAAAUAAUAAUAAUUUCAGUUUUUUUUUUUUUUUUUUUUUUUAAGAUUUUGUAGUCGAAAUUUGUUUCCGUCACCAUGACUUCCGUCGUCACGAUCGACGGCGAGCAGGAGCUGGUCAAUUCCCUUCGUGAUCUUUCGCUUCAAGAUCAGAGGGAAAUGAAGAGCAAAGCAGUGAUUGAUGAACAGGGUUGUGAAAACCAUAGUGGCAUUUGCGCAAUAUGCUUAGAUAAGAUUGUGCUGCAGGAAACUGCUCUCGUAAAAGGUUGCGAGCAUGCUUACUGUGUGACAUGUAUUCUUCGAUGGGCUGUGUAUAAUCAGACACCUACCUGUCCACAGUGUAAAUAUCCAUUUGAGUUCCUCAAUGUCCAUCGCUCCCUUGAUGGCAGGAUUCAUGACUACAUGUUUGAGGAGAGUGUUUGCCUGCUUCUUAGAGCCACAUGGUUUAAACCUAUGGUUGUGGUGGAUCAUGAAGAGGCAUAUGAUGAUCUAGAAGAUUACUAUCAGUAUGAAGAUGAGGAGGACGAAGAUGAAGAAGUUUACUAUACCAAUUCAUCAAGUCUUCGCAUUGGCAAUAGAAGGUGGGGAGAUAAUGGUUUUGUUAGGGCAGGGCGUCAAGAAGCUAGGCCAGUCCCUCGACCCAAUUUCCAGGACUCUGGUGCUGGUUCAUCACGAGAGCCUAAGAAGAAAGAGGUUGCAAAAAAUCCAAUUGGGCGCCGAGCAAAGAGGGCACUCAAGCGUGAAGCUGCUGAUAAGGCAGCAGCAGCAAAACAUCAAGAGCGCUUGAUGAGGUUGGGACGAACGUGAUUCCCUUUCAUGUGAAGCGCCUGCAUAACCAGGAGACCAGAACCUUUGUACAGUUUUUCCUUUCUCUUGCGAAUCAAAAUAAUGACAGUAGUUGGUAGUGUGGACCACCAGAGAAUGACUUCUUGGUGGUGGCCGGAUCCUGGUUUGUUGUAUGAUUGUAUCUUCAAGAUUCAUUCUAUUUAACUUCCUCAUCCUCAGGAUGGAGUUUAGUUCACUCAUUACCGUUGUGGAAACAGUCAAAUAUGGAGGAAUUUAAUUUCCCUGGAUGACAAAUAAAUGAAUCACCCAACGAAACAAAUGCCUUCAGUCCUUUACUGUUGCAUCCGAAGUGAAUUUAUUGGUUUGCUACUGUCGAGAUACUUGAUUUGUUAAUGCCUCUGAAGAUAUGGGUGGGCAUCAUAAGAGAAGGAAGGUGGGUGAUAAUGAAGAUUGGGGCCGAGU